GUGCGCUACGGGAAUCGCGCUUCGCAAGUCACCAAUGUCCUACGAUCUGUUCCCUUGCAUGGUGGAAUGGGUGACAUCAUUAUCAAUGCACGACGGAACAACCGUCUGUCGGAUACUAUAGUUUGACGGCGACGUAGCCGAACUCCACACUGGGGUUUACCCCACAUACUUCUCCAACCUCGGGAUCAAAGGAGCCGAUAAGGAUGCCGUGGUUGUUUGGGGAUAUCCUUAUUCCAGUCCCGGUUUCUGGGACUUCUGUUGCUGCCGGCUUCUGUUGAAUUUGGCAGCUCGUUUCUUACAGGAUCUCAGUACUUCAGCAAGUCGUUCGUGCCUUCCUGAACCCAAGGUGUAGUCUGCCUGUAGCCGUUUCCCCACCUCCGCACAAUGGUCGCCGCAAUUCGAGCAGCGCCAAGUGCGGCAACAAGAGCAGUGAGUCUUCUCCGGACUGUCCAAUAUGCUCAUCCGCCAAACUGCCCAUGUCACUCCAACCCGGGCCACCACCACCAUGCAAGACCACAGGUUGACCGCUAUGCGCAACACACCGGCAGGCGCGGUUUCGCCUCACCUGUGGACCUGUCUCAGCAGAAAGAAUAUGCUUUUGAGAUGGCUGCAUCUUCUAUCCGGUUCGGUCCGGGUGUGACUCAAGAAGUGGGCAUGGACUUCAAGAACAUGGGCGCCAAGCGCGUCUGUGUUGUGACCGACUCGACCGUUAGGCACUUGACGGCAACCAAACAGGUGGAAGAGGCGCUGUCAAGGGAGGGUAUCGAGUUUACUAUCUUCGACAAAGUGAGAGUGGAACCUAAGGAUAGUUCAAUCAAGGAGGCCAUCGACUUCGCCAAGCCCUAUAACCCAGAUGCAUUCUUGGCUGUUGGCGGAGGUUCCGUUAUUGACACGGCCAAGUUGAUGAAUCUCUAUACUGAGUAUCCAGAGGCCGACUUCUUGGAUUUCGUCAACGCCCCCUUGGGCAACGGUAGGCCUAUCGAUAAGAAGCUUAAGCCUCUUGUGGCUAUUCCAACCACCGCUGGAACCGGCUCUGAAACAACUGGGACGGCCAUCUUCGACUUGGUAGCCAAGAAGGCGAAAACAGGCAUUGCCCACCGUAAUCUGAAGCCGACUCUGGGUAUAAUCGACCCUCUCAACACGAAGACAAUGCCUUCAGCUGUCAAGGCCAGCUCUGGUCUGGAUGUACUCUGUCAUUCUCUUGAAUCAUGGACGGCGAUCCCUUAUAAUCAGAGAGUUCCCCGGCCCACUAACCCCAUUUUGCGGCCGGCGUAUCAGGGUGCCAACCCCAUCAGUGACAUUUUCUCGCUCAGUGCCCUCCGCAGCACGGUGAAGUACCUUCCAAGAGCAGUCAAGGAUCCGGAAGACUUUGAGGCCCAGAGCGAGAUGCUUCUUGCGGCCACACUGGCUGGUGUUGGUUUUGGCAACGCUGGUGUACACCUGUGUCACGGCAUGUCUUAUCCCAUCUCGGGCCAGAACCCGGGCUACAAACACGCUGGAUACGAAGUAGCCCACUCCAUCAUUCCCCAUGGUGUGUCCGUUGCCGUCUCAGCGCCCGCUGUCUUCCGCUUCACGGGCCCAUCGAAUCCUGAACGGCACUUGGCCGCUGCUGAGGCCUUCGGUGUUGAUAUUUCCAACGUGAAGUGCGAAGAUGCUGGCGCUGUGCUCGCAGAUGCCAUCGCUGCUUUCUUGACCGACCUUGGUGACCAGCCAAAAGGCUUGAAGGACCUUGGGUUUACCAGCGAGCACAUUGACGCGUUGGUCGAAGGGACGAUCCCGCAGGCUAGGGUGUUGAUGCUGGCGCCUGGUCUGCAGACUGAGUUGGAGAAGGAAAGGGAACAACUGAGGGCGCUUUUUGAAGAUUCUAUGGCGUAUUAGUUGUGUUGCAUCUGCUUGAUAACGAUCAGGGUAGACUUGGUUAUUGAUUAUUGGAUGUUGAAAGCAGUACAUAUUAGAAAUUGCACGAGCAUGGU